UCCAUCGCCUUGCACCUCAUCCUCCCCACACGCAGAAAGCACCAAAGCACCAACCUUUGUUGAUCAUCAUUCACAGAGACGACGCAAGAAGAGAAGAUGAGGCUCGCAAGAAUCGCCAUGGCGAUGGAGGACGGCGGCGGCGCGUUCUCGUCGUCGGUGGCGCAGCCGGCCAUGGCGGACUACGGGCGCCACUUCCAGCCGCCGCCGUUCUGGUCGACGCCGACGCCGUACCUCUUCAUCGGCUUCGCGGUGGUGAUGGCGCUCAUCGCCGUGGCGCUGGCCGUGCUCCUCUGCACCCGCCGCAAGGAGGACGAGGGCCGCGGCGCCGAGGGGGAGGUCAUGGCCGUGCGCGUGCUGGCGCCGCUGGGCAGGGAGGACGCGGCGGCGCCCAAGGUGCUCGUCGUCAUGGCCGGCCACAGCGGGCCGUCGUUCCUCGCCAGCGCCGCUCCGUUCGCCAGCUUCGACGCAGCCGGCGACGACGCCAAGCCGCAGUACGGCGGCAAGGACGGCGCCGCCGUCGUGUAGGCGCGCGGCGCUUCCCCUGCUGCUCGCGCCCAACUGGCCGAAAGAGAACGAUCGCGUGGGCACGCGCGCGCAAAGAUUAAGCUGCAUCGGAUGAUCGGAGAAGCAAUUUUGUUCAUCCUGGCUUCAUUUCUUUCUUUUUCGCUUUCUUGGUAUAGUUAGUUUACUUUUGUGACCUGCAGGUGCUGUCCUUAGCUUCUGCACGUAGUUAUUAGGUGUGUUGUGCAGAGCUGACGAUCAGAAAAUUUGCAAGCUAAUCAUCCGGCUGCAUCGAUCAUUUCCUGUUUCUGAUCUCAUUUAAUCAAGGAGGUUUUCGAGGUUGCGAAACCGGGC